AAUGCCAGAGGGAUGAACACUAGAAGAGGGACUGCCCUAGAUAUCUUUAGAGCUUGAGAGUCAAGCGAAUAAAGUGUUAAGCCUUCAAUACUUAUUCCGUAUUUGUUUUUAAUAAGUAUUUGUUAUUGAGAUGAUCAAUGUAAUUGAUCAGUAUCUUAUUUUUUGGAUUUGAGAUUUGUGUGCUGCAUCACACAUUUGUGUUUGCACAUGAAAUAGUCGUUGAGAAGCGAGGAGUUCUCCAGACAGUCGGUAAUGGAGUAAAAGUUAAUCCAUUAAGUGUUGGAUUUACUUAUGUACUUUUGGUAUGUAAUGGAUUUUAAGAAACCUUUUGAAUGUUCUUAAUGCCAUUAGCAAUGAAGUGUUCAUUCGGCGGGGUUUUCGGUAUGUAAUGGAUUUUAAGAAACCUUCUGAAUGUUCUUAAUGCCAUUAGCAAUGAAGUGUUCAUUCGGCGGGGGGAGGGGGAUAGAAAGCGUUCGACCUCGCUUUCAUUUCUCACGAGCUUGAUUUGCCUGAAAUCCGGCAGAGUCAAGGUGGAGCCUCCAUGAAUCCUUUUCUCUUUUCUCUUGCAGUAAUCUUUUCAGUGACUCAGCCCUAGCCCUGUCGGCGUUGCAUUUGCUUCAAUUGAAUAUUUCCGAAACUGAACAUGUGAAGAGAGAUAGCUCGCUAUAGGUGAAGAAAUUGCUAUUUGUUAACCUCGAAAAGGUGGAAUUACAAACAUUCAGACCUUCUUAGACGUGCUUUUUCGGAGACGUACAGGUAAUUUUGGCCCUCUUCGAUUGUUAUGGGAGUUUUGGAUGCUUUAUCACCAUAUCUCUGGAGAUAUAACCUGUUUCAAGAGAAUCAAUUGAAGUUCCGGGUUUAGAUUGAAUAUUUUCUGGCGUUAUGUAGUUGUGACCACAAAGGUUUCUUCUAAGAUGGAGGAUAUUGGGCUGUUCAAGCAAGGGUGGAAAUGGUCGAAAUCAAGGAGGUAUUGUUAUCCAGUGGCAAGAACUGCAGUUCUCUGUUUCCCGGACAAAAUGGUCAAAUUUAUGGAGCGUCACUGGCUGAUUAUGUGCAAUGGGUGUGAACGAUUGGGCAGAAUCUUGCUCUUGUUAUUGAUUUUCUGGCGGGACUGUGUUGUUCGGGGAGUGCGAUCGCUGGUUCGGCUGGGCCCAACCGCUUUGCUCAUUAUUAUGUGGAGUUGCUUUCUUAGUUUGACAUCCAUGUCUUGCCUCAUCUGUUUACUUAUGAGUAUGGGUGCUGCUGGGUCUGCUGUUUGGUACUUGGGUUAUACACCUGGAUUUUUUAUUGUAGGGCUAUUUUCCAUUCUGAUUUUAUGGAUGUAUGCUAACUUCUGGAUAACUGGUACAUUGCUUAUAGUAGGAGGUUAUUUGUUUUCUUUAAAUCAUGCACGUCUGGUAGUCUUAAUGGUGACUGUAUAUGCUAUAUGCUGUGUCAAAAUUCGAGUUGGAUGGCUUGGAGUGCUUCUUUCAAUAAACCUUUCAUUCCUUUCUCAUGAUGUAUUGAAUUAUCUGAUCCGACGGUGUGACAAUUUGAGUGAUAGCACGCACUUUGAGGAGCAAAAGGGAUCAGAAGCAUUUAUAGAAGAUGACUUAUCCGUGGAGUGUGAAUAUUCUGUUCCUAUUGGUGAAGCUGAAAAGUCAGAGUUUAUAGAAGAUGACUUAUCUGUGGAGUGUGAAUAUUCUGUUCCUAUUGGUGAAGCUGAAAAGUCAUCCUGUAAAUCAUCUAGGGAAACUGCUGCUACUUCAUCUUUUGUAAAUGUGCAAAAAGACUCCUAUGCUAAACAGAUGGUCAAAGAAGAUACAAGUUCAAUCAGUGAAAUGGAGCGGAUUUUAAGUAGCAUGGAUCACUAUGAAGCACUGGGUUUCCCCUGCCGCAAGACAAUUGAUGUUGUAUUGCUGAAAAAGGAAUAUCGGAGAAAAGCCAUGCUUGUGCAUCCUGAUAAAAAUAUGGGAAUUCCACUAGCAAGUGAAUCUUUUAAGAAACUUCAAUGUGCAUAUGAGGUCCUUUCAGAUUCUUUGAAGAAGAGAGACUAUGAUGAGCAACUAAGAAAGGAAGAAUCCAUGAGUGUAUCUGAGAAGAAUGCUUCAUGCGAGGAUGGCCAAGAUUACUGCUUUGAGGAGUCAAGGCAUAUACAAUGCACAAAGUGCUGCGGUUUCCACAUCUGGCUUUGCACCACUAGGACUAAGGCCAAGGCAAGAUGGUGUCAGGAUUGCUGUCAACAUCACCAAGCAAACAAUGGAGAUGGAUGGGUUGAAUAUAAAGGCUCACUGGUACUUGGUCAGCCUCAAAAGAUGGGAAUACCACGUGCUUUUGUUUGUGCUGGAAGCAAGAUAUUCGAUGUAUCAGAAUGGGCUAUCUGCCAGGGAAUGGCUUGUAGGCCGAAUACUCAUCGGCCUAGUUUCCACGUAAACGUGGUUGGGCUGGAGAAAACAACUCAAAGAUCGAACUCAUGCGGAGAUCCCUUGGAUCUGGAUGCUGAAAUGACGGAUGAAGAGGAAGAGUUUGAACUGUGGCUGCAGCAAGCUCUCGCCUCGGGCCUCUUUUGCGGAACAUCCAAACGCAGAAGAAGCUGGAGUCCGUUCAAGUUGCAUCGAAAGAAAGGGAAGAAACAAUGGCGACGAUCAUCUCAAUGAGUGCAGCAGGGAAGAUUCUAUGGGCGCGGAUCGAUCUCAUUCCCCCAGAUUCUUCCUCAAGAAGUUGAGUAGAAAUCAUUUUGAAGUUGCCAUCUGGUGGCUGGUCCGUUCUUUCUUCAUGCCUGUAAUUGUAAAUGGCAUCAGAAUUUAUUUUGUUGUCGCAUAUCUUCUAUUGCAUUGCAGACGAAUAAUGUGGAUGUCUGCUCCUUAAUAGGGUUUAGGCCUUUAGGGUUCACACACAUGAGCAAGUGUGUAUAUUAUGAACUCCCCUCCCUGCCUUCUAGUUUGCGCUUGUGCUUGGUAGUAAAUAGAAAUUGAGGGAAGAGAGCAGUUGUUUGGGACGUAGUGUUUGGGUAUGGACAAAGGCUCAUUUUCUGGGAGAAGAAUGAUUACCAUUGCUGGCCGUUUAU